GGGGCAGCAACAGCAUCUACUCACGACUUUGCGAUUCUUGUUUGGCGACGGAUUUCCGAAGCGCUUGCUCGGUAACAAAACAAAGCAACAAAGAGACUACUACGACUACGGCGGCGUGCUGCGUAGUGGUAGGGCGAGGCUAAGCAAGGAGGACCUGCACCCAAGGUUAGCUGUCGACAGCUUUCAGGCUUCGGGGACGGCGGUACCACAAAGUCGAUUCGGCGGACAUUUGGGCACAGGCUACAUACAGGCCAUGUCUUCGGACGCAGACUACGCGGCGUUUCUCGAUAAGGCGAACCAAGAUAUGGGGACAGCGGAAGCGAAGGAGGCGUCGGAGAAGACGAGCUAUGGGACCAAGAGUGUAAACACAGCAGUGCCUAGCGCGCUGAAGGAGGUGCAAGAGUACUACGUCAGCGACUCGGACGAGCCAUUUGAGCCGGUAGCGCUGGAGUAUGGAGGGAACAGUGUGUCUAGCGAGGAUCUUCAAAAGGCGAUUGGCAGCGACAAGGUGGAAGAGGUCACGGGGACGGGGUUCCAGGAUCAGUACAAGAAGGUGAUUGACGUGGUCAAGCAGGCAGGCAACGGCAGCGUCAAGGUGUUCCGGGUUGAGCUGUCGGGGACACGGGCAGAGUACUACGUUGUGACGGUGGACGACAAGGCGGGCAAGCUUGUGGGGCUCAAGGCACUUGGGAUUGAAUCGUAGUGCGGGUGUGCAUGGUCGGGGCAAGAGGAUGAAGGAGGGCGAUCAGUGGGCACAUGAAGGCGGUUGAAACGGCAGACAGGCUGGGACUAGGGUGGGAGAUGGAUACAACGGUGAUGAGUGCUAGUGGAGCAUGUAAUGCAGACCAGAAAUG